AUGGAGUGUAGAAUAACAUUGGGGCAAGCUGUUUUUCCAAUAUUCUAUCAUGUUGAUCCUUCAGAUGUCAGGCAUCAGACGGGUAGUUUUGCGAAGGCAUUUGUAAUUUAUAAAGCUGCAAAUAGAUAUCAGAGAAUGAAUGAGGGAAAGUUUCUCCAUGACAUUAUUGACCUGAUUAGCAGACAGCCGAGACCCACACAUACUUACAUGUGGCCAACUACCCAGUUGGAAAUAGAUUUUCGCGUUGAAGAGAUUAGUAAAUCAUUAUGUGUUGGAGUAGAUGAUGAUGUUCACAUGGUUGGAAUUUGGGGUAUGGGUGGAAUGGGCAAAACAUCUGUUGCAAAAGCCAUCUACAACAAAUUUUAUCGUAGUUUUGAAGGUACAAGUUUUCUUGCAAAUGUUGGGGAAACUGCGAAGCAGUUAAAUGAAUUUUUGGAACUCUCAAGAAGUGUGGUUACCUACUUUGGAGGUUUACCACUGGCUCUUGAAAUUUUAGGGUCUUUUCCCUUUGGAAGGAAGGACAUAAGAGAUUGGAAAAACACAUGGAAGAAAUUGCAAAAAAUUCCUCAUGGAAAAAUUCAGAAAAAGCUCAGAAUAAGUUUUGAUGCAAUUGGUGAGAACCAGAAGAACUUAUUCCUCGAUGUAUCUUGUUUCUUCAUUGGAAUGGACAAAAACUUUGUCAUAAAAAUACUCGAGGGCUGUGGUCUUUCUGCAAUAAUAGAUAUCAGUGUCCUCAUUCAGCGUUGCCUUGUAGUUGGAACUAAAAAGAUUAAAGCGCUUGCUCUAAAUCUGCAAAGAUCUCCGAAAAAGAGUUUCAGAACAAAAGCAUUUACAAAGAUGAAACUGAAAUUUCUCCAACUCAACUAUGUAGAGCUGAUUGGAGACUAUGACCAUCUUUCCAAACAUUUGAGAUGGCUCUGCUGGCAUGGAUUCUCUCUAAAGUUCAUAGGAAAUGAUUUUCUUCAUCAAGGAAACCUGGUUUCUAUGGACCUGCAGUACAGCAAUCUCGUACAAGUUUGGGAACAUCCCAGGGUGCUCGAGAAGUUCAAGAUUCUUGAUCUCAGUCAUUCACAUUACCCAACACAAUCACCAGACUUUUUAAAACUCCCAAAUCUUGAGUAUUUGAUCAUGAAAGGCUGCAAGAGUUUGACAGAGAUGCACCAAUUUGAGAAUUUUGUCAAGGACAUAAGGGAGAUGACAUCACUGAAAACUAUUGUUGUAAGUGGCACAGCCAUAAGUCGAGUACCACCCUAUAUGGGAAGAUUGAAAAACCUGAACUACUCAUUGGAAAGCAGUAAUGUUCAUAACCUUCCAGAACCCAGUGGCCUUUCCCACCUUGAACGUCCAUGUUUCUUUUUUUCUUGUUUUGACGAGGGCAUGUCUCCAAGUGGUAUAUCCAUUUUUGUUACAAGUUAUACCAAGCUCAUUAGCUUUGUUGUCAAGCCAACUCAUCUCACUGAAAUAACUUCACAUGAAGUUAUUUGGCGAGUAAAUUUGUUAAAUGAUGACUUUGUGGAGGUUGAAGUUGCAAUUGGAUCUGGUUUCAGAGUGAAGAAAACUGGGUUCAGUCUUGUAUGGGAUCCCAAACUUAUCAGUGAAACCAUUGAGUGUGAGCCUAGCCCAUACGAAUAUUUUCCAAGUGAUGCUGGUAAUCAGUCAGGACCUAGCCAUGAGUCAUCUGAUCAAGUUGACUUUUCAACUUCUACAUUGAUAAUAGGAUACUUGGAUUUGAACUGCAUAUUAGGAACUCCAUGGGAUAGCUACAGUGUCCAACAAGUCAUUUCGUGGAAAUCCAAGCAAAACAGAAGUCUGAAAUUGGCCAAGAAUAAUAAUUCCUGGAUUGAAACAGAAUGGGUUCCUGGAAACUAA